AUGGCUACUUCAGUUGCAACCACUACGGCGGCUGCUAUACUUCCUUCAAUCCAGGUCAAAGUCAACUACGCCGAUUGUAAGGAGAUUAUUCGUGACUUUAUACAAAAUUUCAAAGAUACAUCCGUUGACAUUGAUGAAUUGGUGGAGCAACAGGAACAAGAUGGCGACGUACCACUUCAUCAGGGUAAGUAUAUGAACAUCUUGCAAAAAGUUGCUAAUCGAGAGACUACCACCAUAUAUAUUGAAUUUGAUGACUUGAAGAAGUUUUUACAAAAUUUUGAUGCUGAGUCUACAUCCAUUUAUCAAGAGCUGAGACAUUUGUUCAAUACUAUUAUGAUCAAUACACAUCGGUUUGUGGAUAUUUUCAGUGAUGUUAUUGAUCAAUUGAUGCCAGAGCCAACGAGGGAUGUAUCAUACCAAGAUGACGUGUUGGAUGUCAUUUUAAGCCAAAGAAGAAUAAGAAACCAGCGUGUUGAACAAGAAGCUUUGGAUGAAUUGAAUCAAUUAAGGGAUGGACUUUCACAACCUAGUGAGCAGGACAACAUUGCUAACCCUACUGACCCAAACUUGUUUCCAGCAAGAUUGACAAGAAGAUAUUGUUUGUAUUUCAAGCCAUUGACUUUGGAUCAUGAUAAAUCAUUAUCAGUUAGGCAAGUUAAAGGAAAACAUGUCGGGCAUUACAUUACCUUGAGAGGCAUUGUUACCAGGGUCAGUGAUGUGAAGCCCAAUGUUUUGGUUGUUGCCUAUACUUGUGAUAAAUGUGGGUAUGAAAUUUUCCAAGAAGUCAAUUCAAGAGUGUUUACGCCAUUGUCAACGUGUAACUCCCCCAUUUGCUCAGCCGAUAAUGUCAAAGGACAUUUAUUCAUGUCCACUCGUGCGUCCAAAUUUUCCAGUUUCCAAGAAGUCAAGAUCCAGGAAAUGUCAAAUCAAGUACCAGUGGGACAUAUCCCUAGAACAAUGUCCAUCCACGUCAAUGGUGAUUUGGUGAGAUCAAUGAAUCCCGGUGAUACUGUUGAUGUAUCGGGUAUAUUUAUGCCGUUGCCAUACACCGGUUUCCGUGCUUUGAAAGCUGGGCUAUUGACUGAAACUUACCUUGAGGGACAAUAUGUCAGACAACACAAGAAACAAUAUGAAUUGAUGCAUUUGAAUGACACAACUGAUGCUAGGUUGGUGCAAUUGAGAUAUGGAUCAGCUAACGUUUACGAUAGGUUGGCCAAGUCGAUUGCUCCUGAAAUUUAUGGACAUUUGGAUAUUAAAAAGAUUUUAUUGCUUCUUCUUUGUGGUGGUGUUACCAAGGAGAUUGGUGAUGGAUUGAAAAUCAGAGGUGAUAUAAAUGUUUGUCUAAUGGGAGAUCCUGGUGUUGCCAAAUCGCAAUUGUUGAAGGCAAUAAACAAGAUUGCUCCAAGAUCUGUUUACACCACAGGUAGAGGUUCUUCAGGAGUUGGUUUGACUGCGGCGGUCUUAAGAGACCCCGUAACUGAUGAAAUGAUUUUGGAAGGUGGUGCUCUUGUUUUGGCCGAUAAUGGUAUUUGUUGUAUUGAUGAGUUUGACAAGAUGGAUGAAACUGAUCGUACUGCAAUUCAUGAAGUAAUGGAACAACAAACAAUCUCCAUUUCCAAAGCUGGUAUAACAACAACUUUGAAUGCAAGGACAUCAAUUUUGGCAGCAGCAAAUCCCUUGUAUGGAAGAUACAAUACCAAAUUGUCACCUCAUGAAAAUAUCAAUUUACCAGCUGCACUUUUAUCCAGAUUCGAUAUCAUGUUUUUGAUAUUGGAUCAACCAAAUAGAGAAAAUGAUGAAAUGUUGGCUCGGCAUGUUACUUAUGUUCACAUGCAUAAUAAGCAGCCUGAUAUAGUGGAAGAUGUUACCAUGGACAACAAUACCAUUGUGGAGGAAGAGCAAACUCCAAUUGAUUCCAAAACGAUUCGUGAAUACAUUUCCAAAGCCAAGACUUAUCGUCCAGUUGUUCCAAAAGAAGUUGGGGACUAUGUUGUUCAAUCGUAUAUAACCAUGAGAAAGGAGUCGUAUCGAAAUGAAGGAUCGAUAAAGAAGUUUAGUCACAUUACACCAAGAACAUUGUUGGGUAUAUUACGUUUAUCGCAAGCGUUGGCAAGGUUGAGGUUUGAAGAGACUGUUACAAUGGAAGAUGUUGACGAAGCAUUGAGGUUGAUUGAGGUGAGUAAGAGUUCAUUAUAUGCCGAUGAAGAAGCAAAUGCCUUGGCUAGAGAAGAUGAGUCCUCAACUUCCAAGAUUUUCCAAAUCAUUCGAUCAAUGGCCAUUGAUGAUCGUGAUGGACUGUUGAAGCGUAAUUUGUCGAUGCAAGAUAUCAAAGAUAGAGUAAUUGGUAAAGGUUUUACUAUACAGCAAUUGGAGGAUUGUAUGUUUGAGUAUGAUGGUGUUGGAUUGUGGCAGGUUAUUGACAAUGGAGAAACAUUGAUGUUCACCAAUGCUGCUGGCGAUGAUGAUGAAGAAGAAGAAGAACACGAAGCAGGAGAUGAAAUGAGAGAUUAG